AUGGCGGUCCAGGCCUGCCUGCCCGUGGAGGAGGGCGGCCUCGGCGGGUGCGUGGUCUACAUAGAUACUGAAGCCGCAUUCAGCCCCAAACGGCUCGUGGAGAUCCUCACCAAGCGAUACCCACGCUACGCCGAAGCUGGCAACGUGCACAGUCUUCUACAGCCAUUCACGCAAAGGGUCACCGUGUACAGAGUCGAUAGCACAACCGACCUCAUGAGCAGGUUGGACAGCCUCGAGGAAACGAUCAUCGAGAACAACGUCAAGCUGAUCGUCGUCGAUUCCAUCGCCUCGGUGGCCCGAAAGGACUUCGACGACGGAGGCGUGAUGCGGCGGCAGGCCCAGCUCGCCGCCCAGGCCUCCACGCUCAAGCGCCUGGCCGAGAACUUCAAUAUCCCUGUCCUGGUCUCCAACCAAGUGACGACUACUUCACAGCGCCCCUACUACGAGUUCGACAGGCCUCAUUUUGGCGCCGAUAAGUCGCUCUACGUGACGGCUGCGCUGGGUUACGUGUGGGCGCACGCCGUCAACACUCGCAUCUCUCCGCUGGCUCCCGUGCGCUCCUAUCCCUACGCCAUCGACGCCAGCGGCAUCAACCUCCUGGGCGAUGCUGAAGAAGCCGACCUCACCGCGUCACAGGAGAACGCCACGGCACUUAUCGGCAACUUCUGGGAGCGCAAGAUAACGGGACGCCAGCACACCGCACCAGGCUUCCGCAUGGACGCCCAGCACCACAACCUCUUUGGUUAA